AUGAUAUCACAAGAAGAGUUUACGGACUCUGAUAGUGAUGCUACAUUCAAGUCGGACGAGUCAGAAGAGGAAUUACCCAAGGAAGAUCAGGUGAAACAGCCAACAGAAGAUGAUUGCACUUGUUUCUUUUGCGAUGGAAAAUAUGCAGAUGAUCGAAGGGGAGAGGAAUGGGUCCAAUGUCUCAUGUGCGAAGGAUGGGUCCAUAGCGAAUGCGCUGGCUAUGACCACGGUUACUAUGUGUGCGAUUUUUGCAAAGAAUAG